AUGGAGCUACGUUGUUUAACGGAUGAUGCGGCCCUUGUGCGUGCUGUACAGAAGCUUAACUUGGGAAUUUUACCGGUUCAACCCCCUGUCUUCUGUUAUCGUCGUGCGGCAAAGGACACACACUGUCUGUCGUGGGCUGCCAUGAUUAGUGAUGGGGGUGCUGUAUGUGGCGCUGUAAUUGCUGAUCUCGAAUUGGAACGCAGUGGACACCGAACGGUGCAACUUCGUACACUGGCGGUCCCCACUCAAUUUCGACGCCAAGGAAUUGGGAAGAAGUUAGUGUUAAAAGUUAUUCAACAAGCCAAGAAAGCAGAGGAAGACACUGGAGAGAUUGACGCUGUACGUCUCCAUGUCCAUACUGAGAACGAUGGAGCACUAGCGUUCUACAAAGCUUUGGGUUUUGUGGAAAAAGAUCGGGUCGAGGAUUACUACCGUCACUUGGAGCCUCGUACUGCGUUUGUGAUGGAGUAUUCACUGCAUUGA